GAAUCUCUUAUGCAAAUAAGGUGAUAAAGUCUUGUGUCUGAUUGGUGGCUGUUCAAGAAAACGUCAGAAAUUAGUUCUGACCAAUCAGAAUACAAGAGUCCCAAACUCGCAUUUUCUCAUUGGUUAAAAUGAAGCCGCACUCCUAACCAAUGGGACAUCUUCUUUUUCGCGCCCAAUAAGGGUUAUAAAAAAAUGCAGUCGCUGCACUUUCGCUUUAGCAACUACCUAUAAGGUUGUUGAGGUUAGGAUGUCUGGACGAGGCAAGCAAGGCGGUAAAACUCGUGCCAAAGCUAAGACCCGCUCUUCGCGGGCUGGGCUCCAGUUCCCUGUGGGCCGAGUGCACCGCUUGCUCCGCAAAGGCAACUAUGCCGAGCGGGUCGGGGCUGGCGCGCCGGUGUAUCUGGCGGCGGUGCUGGAGUACCUGACGGCUGAGAUCCUGGAGCUGGCAGGCAACGCGGCCCGGGACAACAAGAAGACGCGCAUCAUCCCGCGCCAUUUGCAGCUGGCCAUCCGCAACGAUGAGGAGCUUAACAAACUGUUGGGCAAAGUCACUAUCGCUCAGGGUGGUGUCCUGCCUAACAUCCAGGCCGUGCUACUGCCCAAGAAGACUGAGAGCCACCACAAGGCCAAGGGCAAGUAGUGGCCUAGAUUAACA